AGGGGGUUGGCGGAGGGUUCCAGAGCGGCAGUAAAGGAGGGAGAUGGCGGGGUGCAGGGGGUCCCUGUGCUGCUGCUGCAGGUGGUGCUGCUGCUGCGGUGAGCGUGAGACCCGCACCCCGGAGGAGUUGAUUCAGUACAUUGUCCGAUGGAACCUGAAUUUUUUUUCUCCUUUAUCUGGCAUGGGAGAUCUUUGAUGUGUCCUGAAGACAAGAGUGGUUAUUUGGAGAACGUAUCAGUAGAAACGAAGAGCUCAGCUGCGUGACUAUAGAUAGCCACCGACAUCACCCCCACCCCCCCCCCAAUUUUUUUUUUGAGAUCUUGUUCCCAUUUGACCAUCCUCGGAGAAACACAGGAGGAGGAGGAUGAGAUCCUUCCAAGGAAAGACUAUGAGAGUUUGGAUUAUGAUCGCUGUAUCAAUGACCCUUACCUGGAAGUUUUGGAGACCAUGGACAAUAAGAAAGGUCGCAGGUAUGAGGCGGUGAAGUGGAUGAUGGUGUUCGCCAUUGGAGUCUGCACGGGGCUGGUGGGUCUCUUUGUGGACUUCUUCGUACGCCUCUUCACCCAGCUCAAGUUUGGAGUGGUACAGACAUCGGUGGAGGAAUGCAGCCAGAAAGGCUGCCUUGCCCUGUCCCUCCUUGAGCUCUUGGGUUUCAACUUGACCUUUGUCUUCUUGGCAAGCAUUCUUGUCCUGAUCGAGCCAGUGGCAGCAGGUUCCGGGAUACCCGAAAUCAAAUGCUAUCUGAAUGGUGUGAAGGUGCCCGGAAUUGUCCGUCUCCGGACCCUGCUCUGCAAAGUCUUUGGAGUGCUGUUCAGUGUGGCUGGAGGGCUCUUUGUGGGGAAGGAAGGCCCCAUGAUCCACAGUGGAGCAGUGGUAGGAGCCGGCCUCCCCCAGUUUCAGAGCAUCUCCUUACGGAAGAUCCAGUUUAACUUCCCCUAUUUCCGAAGUGACAGAGACAAGCGGGACUUUGUAUCAGCAGGGGCGGCUGCUGGAGUUGCUGCAGCUUUUGGGGCCCCCAUCGGGGGCACCCUCUUCAGUCUGGAAGAGGGCUCGUCCUUCUGGAACCAGGGGCUCACGUGGAAAGUGCUCUUCUGUUCCAUGUCUGCCACCUUCACCCUCAACUUCUUUCGUUCUGGGAUUCAGUUUGGAAGUUGGGGUUCCUUCCAGUUGCCUGGAUUGUUGAACUUCGGCGAGUUUAAGUGCUCUGACUCUGAUAAAAAAUGUCACCUCUGGACAGCUAUGGAUUUGGGUUUCUUCGUCGUGAUGGGGGUCAUUGGGGGCCUCCUGGGAGCCACAUUCAACUGUCUGAACAAGAGGCUUGCAAAGUACCGUAUGCGAAACGUGCACCCGAAACCUAAGCUCGUCAGAGUCUUAGAGAGCCUCUUGGUGUCUGUGGUAAGCACCGUGGUGGUGUUUAUGGCCUCGAUGGUAUUAGGAGAAUGCCGACAGAUGUCUGCUUCGGGUCAAAUCGGUAAUGACUCAUCCCAGCUCCAGGUCACAUCAGAAGAUGUCAACUCAAGUACCAAGACCUUUUUUUGUCCCAACGAGACCUACAACGACAUGGCCACACUCUUCUUCAAUCCCCAGGAGUCUGCCAUCCUUCAGCUUUUCCACCAGGAUAGUACUUUUAGCCCCGUCACUCUGGCCUUGUUCUUCGCCCUCUAUUUCCUGCUUGCAUGUUGGACCUAUGGCAUUUCAGUUCCAAGUGGCCUUUUUGUGCCUUCCCUGCUGUGUGGAGCUGCUUUUGGACGUUUAGUUGCCAAUGUCCUUAAAAGCUACAUCGGCCUGGGCCACAUCUACUCGGGGACCUUUGCCCUGAUCGGUGCCGCAGCUUUCCUGGGCGGGGUCGUCCGCAUGACCAUCAGUCUCACGGUCAUCCUCAUUGAGUCUACCAACGAGAUUACUUACGGGCUCCCCAUUAUGAUCACUCUGAUGGUGGCCAAAUGGACAGGGGACUUUUUCAACAAGGGCAUUUAUGAUAUCCACGUGGGCUUGCGAGGUGUGCCACUCCUGGAAUGGGAGACGGAGGCGGAAAUGGACAAACUGAGAGCCAGUGACAUCAUGGAGCCCAACCUGACCUACGUCUACCCGCACACCCGCAUCCAGUCUCUGGUCAGCAUCCUGCGCACCACGGUCCACCACGCCUUCCCGGUGGUCACUGAGAACCGGGGCAACGAGAAGGAGUUCAUGAAGGGCAACCAGCUCAUCAGUAACAACAUCAAAUUCAAGAAAUCCAGCAUCCUGACCCGGGCUGGCGAGCAACGCCGACGGAGCCAGUCCAUGAAGUCGUACCCGUCGAGUGAGCUGCGAAACGUGUGUGAUGAGCACCUCCCCUCCGAGGAGCCGGCCGAGAAGGAGGACCUCCUGCAGCAGAUGCUGGAGCGAAGAUACACUCCCUACCCCAACCUAUACCCUGACCAGUCCCCGAGCGAAGACUGGACCAUGGAGGAGCGCUUCCGCCCUCUGACCUUCCACGGCCUGAUCCUGCGGUCACAGCUCGUCACCCUGCUCGUCCGAGGAGUUUGUUACUCGGAAAGUCAAUCAAGUGCCAGCCAGCCGCGCCUUUCCUACGCCGAGAUGGCUGAGGAUUAUCCACGGUACCCCGACAUCCACGACCUUGACCUGACGCUGCUAAACCCGCGCAUGAUUGUGGAUGUCACCCCGUACAUGAACCCUGCGCCCUUUACUGUUUCACCUAACACGCACGUCUCCCAAGUCUUCAACCUGUUCAGAACGAUGGGCCUGCGGCACCUGCCCGUGGUGAACGCCGUGGGAGAGGUGAGUCUGACUUCCCACUGUGCCCGCAGCCACGCCUGCCUUCCAGAAAGGACCCUGCCCCCGCUGCGUGUGAGUCAGGGCUUCCCAACCAGCAGGGUUUCUCGGACUAAAAGCUUUUCUGCCCACUCUGCCUCCUGUGUGUUUCUGACGUACACUCUCCACUCGGCCGGCAGGUGUCGCCAGGGUCACAGCUGCUGCGGAAGAGCGUAGGGCAGGCGUCCCCAGUGUUCCUCUCCUUCACCCUCCAUCAGACCUGCGCCUCCUGAGGCGGGGUCCACUCCCCACCCGCGCUGGGCAUUUAUGACGUUAAAUGAGAGAAUUUCAAGCAAAAUGCUUAGAGAGUUUUAUUUGAUUUGAUUUUAUUUUUUUUUAAUUUUUUUUUAAGAUUUUAUUUAUUUAUUUGACAGAGAGAGACACAGCGAGAGAGGGAACACAAGCAGGGGGAGGGGGAGAGGGAGAAGCAGGCUUCCUGCGGAGCAGGGAGCCCGAUGCGGGGCUCGAUCCCAGGACCCUGGGAUCAUGACCUGAUCCGAAGGCAGACGCUUAACGACUGAGCCACCCAGGCGCCCCGCUUAGAGAGUUUUAAAAGAUCCAACUACGUAUAACUAGUAAUCAGUGCUGCAGACUUUCCUGGUUUUCUUUUUUCUUAGAACUCCAUUGUUUUCUUCAUUACACAGUUAUCGUGUGGUUGUUUAAAAAAAGAAAAGAAAAUAUAGAGAAGCAGAAUACAAACAAAAAAUAAAUACCAGCCCUUAGCUCCUUUGUCUUUUUUCCUCUGCAUCUACAAGUAGAGAUUUUACGUGUCCUGUCUUUUUUUUUUUUUUAAGAUUUUAUUUACCUGACAGACACAGUGAGAAAGGGAACACAAGCAGGGGGAGUGGGAGAGGGAGAAGCAGGCUUCCUGCUGAGCAGGGAGCCUGAUGCAGGGCUUGAUCCCAGGACCCCGGGAUCAUGACCUGAGCCGAAGGCAGAUGCCCAAUGACUGAGCCCCCGAGGCACCCUGUCACGUGUCCAGUCUUAAUGAGGGCAUUGUCACCACCUGUACUAACACCCUCGUGGUUUGUGUGACCUGUAGGAGAUGCCUUUCCGUGGCAGGAAACAUUCGCUUACGGUAUUUUAACGGGCUCGACGGCAUCCCACUGGCCGGCUGUCCACUGACUUAUCCAGCCGUCCUCUGUAGGGGGACAUGUAGCUAAACAUCACUGCCGUGAUCAUCCUCUUGAGGCUUUUGCUGUUUGUCACCAAGUCGCCCUUCAGGAAGCGAAACCUCUCUAGACAGGGACCUCCGGCAGAACGCUGGCCCGGCCCAGCCUGUUCUUCUGUGGGCGUAGUUACAGUGGGUCCAGCUGUGUUCCUUGAAACACGAGCACACGGGAGGUUCGAAAACAGUUUCUGGUGCUCAGCACCCGCGUCACUAAGACAUGAGCAGCGGCGGCUGCAACAGCUGUGAAGACCUCUGACUUCCACAGCGUCCCUCCCUUCUGACCCCAUCUGCCUGGAGAUGGCAUCAGAUCCUGCACAUUAAGGGUUCAGCCCCAUAAGACAGCCCCCCCCCUCCUCUUCGGAUGCCAAUCAAAAGUCCAGGUUGUCACCUGGGGUUCUGGCCAGGUGCCUGUAAAUUGGAGGUUCCCAUGAUCUGCUUCUAGAACUCAGGAAAACAGUUUACUUACCAGCUGAAAGGAUGUGACCCAGGAACGGCCAGAUGGAAGAGAUGCAGGGGGCAGGUGUGUGGGAAGGGGUGCCAGGCUUCCACACCCUCUCUGGCACACUGCCCUCCUGGCACCUUCCGUGUUCACCAGUGUGGAGGCUCCCCACACCCCACAGUUCAGGAACUUUGUUGAUGGCUUCAUUGUGUAUGUCCAUGGGAUUGAUCACAUCAUGGCCACGGGUGAUUGAUUCAACCUUCCCCGCCCACAGAUGGGGGUUGGGACUGGAAGAGCCAGUCCUCUAGCCACAUGGUUGGUUGCCCUGGCAACUAGCUUCCAUCCUUCGGGACUUUCUAAAAGUUUAUCAUUCACAUAAACUCAGGUAUAGUUGAAAGGGGCUCAUUAUGAAUGGUAAAGGAUGCCGUUCUUACUCGUCACUUAAUUCCCAGAGUUUUUAGAGCUUGUGCAGGAACUAGGAUGAAGACCAAACACGUAUUUCCUGUUAUAAGUCACUGUAUCACAAGGACUCAGGUAUUUAUGAGCCGCAGUGGGGUCGCGGGGUCUCGGCUGCUCGGGAACCGGCAUUGGGCUGCGUCUCUUGCGUGCAUGCUUGAAGCAAGCGGCGGGUGAUGGGAACUGAGGCGGCUAGUGAGCGUGUGCCCUGUUGAAAAAGACAUUCAAAUUCAGAGUUUAGCUGGCCUGACUAAAAUUUCUCUUGGAGCUGAAUUUGUCCCCUUGGCCUCCAGGUGACGAGCCCUAGUUACCUGUUGAUCUCCUUGUCAUCUGGAGACUGGGUAGCCUUGAAGUGCGCAGCGUGGCCAGCUUGAUACGUCUGUCCCAGCGCUCUGCGGGACGGGCCUCUGUCGCCUCUGCUUACGGUGCCUCUCAGGGCCAGCCCUGUCCGCUCCGGUCCUGCCCCAGCGGGUUUGCUCUGCAGGUGACGGGGGUCUUUUCCUCCUUGUCCUAGAUCGUUGGGAUCAUCACUCGACACAACCUGACCUACGAAUUCCUGCAGGCCCGGCUGCGGCAGCAUUACCAGACCAUCUGACGGCCCAGCGCGGCCCCGCUGCCACACGCCAGCCUGCCCUGUCCCGGAGCUGCCCAGGGAGGCGGCUUGCUCGUGCCCCGUCGCCACGGCCGGCUGGGGCUGUUCCAGGACGCGGAAGAGUCCCACUCACCCACUCGCUCAGAAGCCUCCAGUCAUCGAACACUUCGCCGGUCAGCCGUCCUGGGGAUGGUGUUGAACCGCGAGAGCCUGGGCCUGUCUGACUUUCUCAGCAAGUAUCUUCCUGUUUCCUGCUCCCCGCUCUCCUGCCGUCCAGCAUGGGCCCCGGCCCCAGGCCCCUCCACCGCACACGUGCCAGGACCAGAGGGGGCGUCAGGCCUCGGCCACCAGGGAGUGACGCCCAGAGCAGUUUUCCUGCCCCCUCCUGCUGCUCUCCUACGGAACCCAACUGUUGCCUUCAGCGGACAGGAGGGGCUCUGCCAAGGCAGGUGCUGGGGCUAAGGCCAGCUGCAAAAUGCAGUGAAUUACCAAAUUUAGGGACUGAGCCACUGAGCUCACCCAUGUUUCAGGGGGGCCCUCCUGCGUCGGGACUCUGGACAGGCGCACCGGUUCAUUUGAAGGGAAACACGGCUUCCUGGGGGAGCUGCUGCUCUGGGCUUGCCCCCGUGGUCACAGCCUCCUCGGAAGCGCCACCCUCCAGGAGCACAAGUCCCAUGGACCGUCCCUGAAGGAGAAGCCUGACGAGAUGCUCCGACUUACAGCCACCCUAGUCUUUAGCAUUUCGGCUUCUCUCCUGGUGACUUGUGUUUUCCACGGUCCGUCCCUCGUUCCUCCCCUCUGCACUGAGUUACUAACUUCCCCGUGAGUUCUUACACGUGUCUUCCUGGUGAGGCAGCCACAGCCCAGGUGUCCCCCCCACCACCACCACCACCAUUAGCUAAAAGCAGGGCACCCCGUGAUAAAACUGCUCGACCCGACUCUGGGCAACGGAACAGUUACCUCCGAGACGGACAGAAGCCAGUCCUGCGCCAGCGAACACUACGGCACGUGAUGUGGCCGAGAAGCCAGGGUUAGGACUGGCUUAUUCCAGGAGGAGGGCGUGUCCCCGUCACACGCCUGUCCACCCCCCUGCUGCUGCUAGCCAUCCCCAGCCCACUGAGGGGCCCAGACGUGGAAACUGUGCUGCCAGGGGGCUGGGUUGGGAGGGACACCCACCAGCACGUGCCCCAAGGCCUGAGCAUGAACCCCGGGAAGGAAGCCUCUCUGUCUCUCCAGGCCGGGGGGCCCUCUCUGACCAGGCCCCCAAAGUGAACACUUGGGGGUUGGGUAUUUCGCGCUUACUUUCCUCCUAACCUCUGCUCCCCCCCUACUUGCAUCCACACCCUAGGCCCGUUGCUGUGCAGCCCUGUGACAGAUGCGCUUUGGGACCCAAGAUGGCAUUCAUUUGCAUUUAAGCUUAUGUUGGGCUUUGGUGUGUGUGAACCGUGGCAGUUCCCCAAGAGCAUGGCCUGCCCUCGACAACGCCGUCCGUCCUCUUACCCUCUGCCUCCAGGCUGAUGUCUCUUGCCAGGACGGCCAUGCAGCCUGGGGGUGGGUGCACGUCUUGGCAUGGCCAGCCCAGGUCCUGUGCUCAGCACGCUCUGCUCCCCUAAGUGAGGGGGCUGCUUCAGGUCUUUUCCACCUGACUGCGGCCCCACCCACACUCCAUCCUUUCUAUUUUCUUAUCUCUUUGACCAAAAAUACUUUGCCUUCUAAAUGUUUCAGCUUCCUUGGAUGCAUUUGACUUGUGAAAUGUGGAGGGGACCCCCAGUAAGUCGUUGGGGAAAUCACAAGGACCAAAAAGGCAAACCCUUCUAAAGGUGAUUGUGUUCAGCCCGCUGCCACUUUAUUUUAAGGCAGCCUUCAGAGCUUGGCCACAUUAUUCCUUCCUUUUAUUACAAGGGACACCAGUUGCCCAAGUCAGGAGAAUGUGGGGACCGCCCGUCACAGAAACGGAAUCCCCUCUUCCCACCCCUCAGUGAAAUUGGCAGAACUAAGGUCCUGCGGGGGAAGCCUCUGGCCUCCAGGGCUCUGGGGUCAUUAGCUGCCUGCCUCGAGGCCGCCCUGGGUGAUGGUGUUGGACUUUACCCCUUGUGCACAUCCAGUGCCCAGAUACUUCAUUGCCACUGAAUAGCCCAGAGGUGGCUGGCAGAACACACACACCCCCUGCCCGUGAACUGACUGCACGGCGGCGAGGUCGCAGACACAGGCCUCUCCGGAAAGGCACGUUGCUUCUUGUCCUCUACCGGCGUCUGCCCUUAUCAGAUAAGCCCAAAGACAACCACUGCCCCACUCGUAACAAAUAACUGGAAGCCUCACUCUGAUAGUUAGAAACCCACGUUGUCCACAUCCCACCUGUUACCAGCCCCGUCGCCCCCUGGUGGUAGGGUACGUGCGUGCGCGUGCUUGCGUACCCCCCACACACGCACACAAGCCAGAGGGGGCUCUGGGGGGCUAGAGACGGUUUGCUGUGUGCCUGCCGUCUCCCGCUUGGUGUUUCACGUUCCCCAGCCGAGGAGCCUGGGAGGUAGGGAGCCAGAGUCCCUCCCGGCCGUGGGACCUUGGCAGUCGGGAAGGAUUUGCUCAUGACCUUGUUUAACGAACGGUUCCUGGCUCGGAUGGACGCUUGCUUGCUUGACCCAACCAACUAUAUGACGUUUCUGAUGCAAAAUUGUGUAGUGACAUGACCGACGGAAAGAAAGAAACCUCUGGAAAGGCCAGAAGCGCUGUCCCGGGCCCUGUAGCAUUGAUGUGCAGUAUUACCCCACGGCUCCCGAACGUGGCAGGCUUCUUUCUGUUCAGACUGUUGGUUUAGAUAGUAAUACUAGCUACUUCUGUUGGGUACAUAUGUUGUAUUUUUUUUAAUUUGCAAAAUUCUAUUUUUAUUUGAACUUUUGGAACUUGGGAAGUUCUCAUUGUAACCGUAACGUGUCAGAAUAAAGUGUCUUCAUCUGUC